AUGCAGAAUCGUGAUCGAAUGCUGCAGUCCGCUUCGCGUCAGAUGUCCGUCGUUGGCAGCAGAGUUAGCAGUCGUGUCCGAUCCUCAAGUCUGAUGCAGAAUCAUGGUCAAAUGCUGCAGUCAGCUGCGCAUCAGCUGUCUAGCGUUAGGAACAGCCUUGCAGCCAGUGCAGGAAUAGUCGCAACUGGCUUGCGGAAUCUGGGUCAAAGGUUGCAAACAGCUGUGGCUAAUCGCUCCCAGAGUGCUUCAGCAGGAGCUGCCAAUCGGAAUAAAAUGUUGCCGCCACCUGCGCCUGCUGCGUCGGCUUCAGCCAGCACAGUGGACACUAACCCUCAGGAACUGGCGGCUCGUCGAGCGGACCCAAAAGCGGCGGCGUCGGCGAAAGAGGAAAAAGAGUACCAGGACCCCGGGCGAAGUAGACUGCGAAAAGUACAGGGCUCUGACAUGACAGAAAGUCAUCUUAGUGUUGAACCGGAUAAUAACAACGCUGGUCGCCAGUCUUCUAAUUCUUCUGGUGAGCAUGCGCUUCUGCUACUUGGGGGCCUAUACUGCAAUUUUCUUCUGCCGUUACUUGACGACGCAUUCCUAAGAGCUGUAUGA